AAAGUUAGUCAGAAUAACGUGGCUAAUAUACGAAAUAAAACAAGAUCUAUUUUAUCUCAGGACUGUUUACCUGCCGCAUUACGCUAAAUCGUUGUAGAUGGCGCUGAUGGAAUAACUUCCGGUAUCUCUUGAUAUGGGCAUGCUCCGCAUGUUAGGAUAGAUUGUAGACAUUGACAGUGUGCCAUGGCUGGUAAUUAUUACUUUGCGAUUGUUGGUCACCAUGACAACCCAGUUUUUGAGCAGGAGUUCUCUCCAUCCAACAAAGGCAAUGACCCAAAAAAAGAUGAUCAUCGCCACUUGAACCAGUUCAUAGCUCAUGCUGCUUUAGAUCUCAUCGAUGAACAGAUGUGGACCACAAAUAACAUGUACCUGAAAAUAGUGGACAAGUUUAACGAGUGGUUUGUGUCUGCAUUUGUCACAGCAGGACGUAUGAGAUUCAUCAUGCUACAUGAUAUCAAGAAUGAAGAUGGAAUUAAAAAUUUCUUCACUGAUGUUUAUGAAAUUUACAUGAAGUGGGCAAUGAAUCCAUUCUAUGAACUUAAUACUCCUGUUAAAUCUGCUUCAUUUGACCGAAAAGUGCAAUUCUUUGGGAGGAAAUACUUAACCGGGUAAUGUGCAGGGAGGAAGUUCGGCAAGUGUACCAUGUGUGAUACAUGUAAAUGUGUGUCUACUGUGUAUGAAUGUUGAAGGGGCCAGAGUAGAGAUUGAACCAAUGAAGGAGUUGAAAUUUAGGCACUAUCAUUGCCUAGGGACACUAAAUCCAAACAGUGGAACGUGAUUUAUAUGUUUAAAUUUGCAUCAUAGAAGUUCAGACUGCAAACAUUUCACAUGUGUUCAUUAUGCUAAGACAAAUGUGUCACAGCAUUAAACUUCUAGUGCCUGGAAAAUAGAAGUACAUCACCAUGUAUUAUAAUCAGAUUUGGACUUUAGUCAGACCUGCUUCCUUUUUCAGAAUUGAAUCCUUAUUCAUAAAGUAUUUGUGCAAUCACAUCUUGAUGUGGACCUAGUCAUGUUUUGUGACAUUGUCUUCUAUGUUUGGGCUGGAAUUACCGGAGAGAUGUUAUAGUGUGUCAUAGUUGAUAUUUGUGAAAAGUUCAAGACGGAUUUGAGGACGCUCACUGACUCAGUUGGCUAAGGCAUUGUUAGCUGGUCAGCCCAUGUACAUUGUACGAGGUCACAGGCUCAAAUCCAGCUCUUGUUCAUUUAGCUGAAGCUUUUAAGUCAUCAGGUUUGUCAGAUGUCUGGUGAUGGCCAGUGGUUUCCUCUAUCCAUAAAGCUGACCUUUGUCACACAAGGGGGAAAUUCUUAAGUACAGAAUUAAAAGUCAGUGAAAGAAAUAAAUCUAAAGGAUUCAUUAUGGUAUGCAUUCUAGGGCUGGGAGGAUUUUGUGCCACAUUCUUAGAGAUAAGCGAACCCAGAAUAAUGUCCAUGUUGUUCCAUUUUAAAGGAGUUUAAGGUUAAAUUGGCCUAUUUAUGUCACAUUAUACAUUUUUUCUUGUCUUCAUGGGUUAGAAAAGGAAGUCCGCAAAAUAAUUUAUUUGUAUUAAACUGAUUUACUAGUUUAAACUACUGUUUAUUAGUGUAAAAGUAUAUGUAGAUAAGAUAAUAAGAGUAUGUACAUGUAGAUGUAUAAAUUGUAUGUACUUUUGAAUGUCCAGUCACGUGUAUGUACAAACGUAUAAAAUUACCUUGAUGUAUUUACAUGUUUCUUUGGUGUUAGCUGGGCUUUGGUAUAGUAUGGUAAAAAUUACACCAGUAUGUUUUGUGAUCAAUCGCCUGUAAAGUAUGGUUGCCAGGGAUCUGUAAAGAGUGCCGUCCAUUUGCCAAAAUCGACUCAAAACGCCUCUCCGGCUACAUAGGGCCUUGGAGUUUCAGCUUGGUAGGUCGAUUAGAAUUGUCAAGAUACGGGCAAGACUUAUGAAGAUUAUGUAACGUUGUUGCAUGAUAAGAAGAAAAAGGGCUACCGUGUCUUACUAUA